AUGGGUGGUUUAGAGGCGAUCCGUCGUGCCAUCGCCAAGGUGAUUCUCAAGGUAACUAAUGCUACCAAGUCACGCCGGCAACUGAACAGCUACAGCAAACCCAGGUCCUCGAAAGCCCGCAGGCGCAAGGCCAAGGCAAGCUCGAAAAGGCGGAACAAGAAUGCAGGGCCGGUCUUUGUGAGGAAGAAGGGCUCUAACAAGGUGUGGGUCGAGAACCGCAACAAGUCUGGCAAGCGGACUAGAAACCAUUCGGCGAACCACCACGGCCGUAAGCCAAAAUCCAGGAAUCGUGAAAGAGCCUAUGCUGCUGAUCCCACAACCAGGCAGGUCUCUGCCAGACCCGUGGGCACAUCGGGUUAUACUGGAUAUGGUUCGUCAGUGUAUUCCACGGAUUAA